AUGGAGUUUAAAGUAGAUGAAGCCUCCUAUCAAUACCUAAAACCGAGCAAAUCCACAAGGCGUGCUCAAUAUCCAUCAGGUUUAAGGCAAGAUUCAAACUUGACAAUUCCUAUUCUGCCAGCAGAACUCGUUACUGAAAUCCUCUCAAGGCUUCCUGUGAAACCCCUCUUGCGAUUCACGCGUGUUUCAAAAUCUUGGCUUGCUUUAAUUUCUGGUGAUAAAUUUAUAAAGGCCCAUCUUAACUUAUCAGCUAAUAACAAGGACUACAUCGACCGUAAGGUUAUUAUGAGUUCCUACCCUCAGAAUAUAUACAAUCUUAAAGAAUGUACUCUUAGGUCUUUAUUUUAUGAUUCUGUUACCAAGGCUUUUGACUUGGAUUGUCCCAUAAAAUCAUAUGAAAGAAGUCUUUCUUUUGUAGGUUCUGUCAAUGGGUUGAUUUGUCUCCGCAUUCAGAACAAUGACUAUUUUAUAUGGAAUCCAUCAAUCAGAAAGUAUAAGAAAUUGCCUAAUCCUAGACCUGCGAAGCUGGUUGCUUACCCACGUGUAUAUGGUUUUGGAUACGAUGAGCUCGAUGAUGAUUAUAAGGUAGUAGUUAGGUUUUAUCAGUAUCCAAAGAAUACUGGUUUCGAGGUCAUAUAUAGUCUAAAGAGUAAUUCUUGGAGAAGUGGGGAUAAUGGUGGCUGUGUGCGAGCAAAUGGUCGAGGGAUGUUUGUGAAUGGGAAACUUCAUUGGACUACAGAUGCUGAUUUUUACAAUCGUAACAGCAAGAACAUCAUUUCUUUUGAUUUGGCUGAUGAGAAAUGGGAAAUGGUGGAGGGGCCUUGCUAUGGAGAAGGAACCGAUUUUUUGGAGGUGGGAGUGUUGAAUAGUGAUCUAUCUGUCAUUGAAUAUAGGAGACCUAAUAUAGAUCUUUGGGUUAUGACGGAGUAUGGGGUUAAAGAAUCUUGGAUGAAAAUAUUGUCCAUCGAGUAUCAUAAUAAUGAUUUUUUGAAUCCGCCUUUUCUCAUGUCAAAUAAAGGUGAAAUUUUGGUUAUGCUUGGAUCAACUUUCAAGAUAUACAAGGAUGGCUUAUUCAAAAAUCCUAAGUUUAUUAAUUUCAAUGGAUAUUGCAAGGCGGAAAUAUACCUUGAAAGCCUAGUUUGUCCUUUUUCUUAA